AUGCAAAAAGCAUUUGCUGAGGCGUUUCCGGACAACUUGGAGUUGCAGAUUACUGUUUGGCAUAUGAAGAGAGAAACUCCACGCUACGUUUACGACCUCUUGCCCAUUGGACAGAGAGAAGAAGUCAUACGUGAUGGCAAACAGUGUCUGAUUAAAGAGAGCGGUGCUGACGAGGUGGAAAAGGCUUUUUCCGCGCUUCGGAACAUCCCUGGUAUGAAGAAUCGAGCUAAAAAAUUGCAGUGGGUGCUCAAUGUGUUGAUGGCGAAAUCCGAUGAGUGGCUCAAGACAAGAACGAGCCCCAAAGAUUUGCGAAGUCGACCCGACUUGAUUUGCAAGCUCUCGCUUUGGUUAGAGUACGCCGACUCGUUUCGUGCAGAAUACAAGACCUUUUCCGAAGUUGACGAAUUCGAUCUGCUGCUUAGCAAAAGAGAACCCGAAGAGAUGACGUACUUCUUCCAUUUCAUGAAGAUUAAGACCCAAGAUUUCGAGCGCUUUGGAAUGCACCAGAAAAGGUUAUUCUAUAAGUAUCCGGAUCGCGUGGACUUGCUGCUACCUCGGUUGGAAAUGAACCCUUCGGAUGCCCACGCAAUCAUGUUCGGCAUGCUGCUAGAUAGUAUGACCUUCUUCUACCGGAAGGGUUCAACAUCCAAGACAGACUCUUCAAGUAGCUUAGGUAUGUUCAUGACUCUGACGCUCGUGCUGAUGAAGACGAUAAGUUAUCUAGCCACGAUGUAG